AUGCUGUAUUCCGAUGUCAUCUCUUCAAUGUCUUGGUUUUUUCUUAAAUUAUUCGCAUAUAUAUUUUUGAUAUUUUUAUACUGUGAAUAUUUAAUCUAUUAUUUUGUUUUACUACGAUGUUCGUGGCCACAAUUAUCAAAACUAGAGCAAGAUUUUACAAUACCACCUCUUUUACCCCAUGCACAACAUAAACCAUUAAGAAUAUUGCUCAUUGCUGAUACACAUCUGUUAGGUAAUCGUGAAGGACAUUGGUUUGAUAAAUUACGCCGUGAAUGGCAAAUGUAUCGUUCAUACCAAUCGUCCUUAUUUAUUUUUGAACCGAAUCUUGUCUUUUUCCUUGGUGAUCUAACAGAUGAAGGCAAAUGGUGCACUGAUCAAGAAUGGGACAUUUAUGUACAGCGUUUUAAAACUCUAUUUUCUACUUCAUCCGAUGCAACCAAAAUUCAUGUAUUAGCGGGAAAUCAUGAUAUUGGGUUUCAUUAUUCGGUUACCGAUAAUAAAUUACAUCGUUUUGAAAAAAGUUUUCCAGAAUCUCAGCCAUAUGUGACAAUGGUGACAUAUGAUCAUUUGCAUUUCAUUCUUGUAAAUUCAAUGGCAUUUGAAGGUGAUCAAUGUAGGAUGUGUGCUCGAGCAGAAAAAGAAUUGGAAGAAAUUGAAAAAGUAUUAGAUUGUCUUAAAUAUAAACAAUGUUCAGAACAAUAUAAACAUUUAGAUGACAUUCGAUAUACGAAACCAGUAUUACUCUCUCAUUUUCCUUUGUAUCGUUUAACCAACGAAAAUUGUACCGAUCUAUUAACCGAUAAUCAAAAAUUAAAAUCAAAUUAUGAUGUUUUAUCACAAGAUGCUACCGAACGUCUUUUAUCAAAAUUGAAACCACGUUUAGCAUUUACUGCACAUACCCACUUUUACUGUUAUCAAGAACACAUUCAAACUCAAACAAAAGAAUUCACCGUACCCUCUUAUUCCUGGCGAAAUCGAAAUGAUCCAUCAUUUAUGAUGCUGUCGAUUACAGCAAAUAAUUAUGCUAUUCAACAAUGUUUUUUACCAACAGAGAUGACCGUAUUUUAUUCUUACGGAAUUGGAAUUUUAUUUUCAUCAUUUAUGUCGUCUAUUCUGAUAUCACCAUUUGAAAAUGUUUCUCAUACAAAUACAUCUUCGAGUUGUUAUGAAGAAGAAAAUGUUGAGGAUUUAUCAUCAUCUGAUUUAUUAUCAAAAAUACAUCAAGCAUGUAUCACACUACAAACGUUACCUAUUAAAGACAAUCGUAUUCAAUUACGUCAAAAAUUAGUUGAAUGGAAUCGAAAACAAAUUGAGUGGGCGAACAAAAUAGUUGAAGAAAAGACAAAAGAAUGUGAUAAAUUAUUUAAAGAAUUUGAUUUGAAACGUCAACAAUGUUUAAAUUUAGUUUUAGUAAAAUUAAAAGAUGAAGAUUUACAAUUUUAUGAAUUAGAAGCAUGUUUAAUUAAACUCAAUGAUACACUAGAAGAAUUAAAAACAUCCAAGUUAGAGUUAGAAUUGAAUGAAAAUAAUUCACCACAGUUUGUAUUUCAAAGAGAAGAUGUGAAUAUAUCACGACCACCGACGAUAUCAUCAUCUGUUAUUAAACGAUCGGAUGUCAAAACUUGUUUGAAUAUUAAUAAUAUUGAGUCAAUGUUGAAUGUUUUUGCAUCAAGUCGAUUUGAAAUGUUCAAUGCGAGUUGUUGUGCAUUAGAUGUAUCUUCAGAAUAUAUUCUCGUUGGUGAUGGACACUUGUUAAAAUUGUUCAAUGUUUAUCAUCAACAAAUUGCUCAAUGUGAAUGGGCGAAAGAAGAAUAUGGUCAAAUACAAGAUAUUGCCUAUUCAAAAUAUUUAAAUGAAUUUUUAAUAUUAUCAAGGCGAGCAAUAUUCAAAUUGAAAAUAAAUAAUAAUUCAAAGAUUACAAAUGAAACGAGCGAUUAUAAUAGCAGUUUAUCUUCUUCAACAAAAUCUUGUUCAUUUUUACAAUUAUCUUUAACUCGUCUAUCUGAAGUAAAACGAUUGGAUUCUAAACAUCGUUUAUUAUGUAUGGCAAUAUCUUCAAGUGAUAGUUUAUUUAUUAAUUAUGAAUAUGGUCUUUAUAUUGAUCAUUGGUCUAUAAAAUCAUCACCAUUAAAAUUACUUAAACGUUGGAAAAAAUUUGAUUUAACAACCGAUUUAAAUAAUCAAAUACAUCAUCUUCAUUUAUUUGAGAAACAAAAUCCACAACGAAUGGCAAUUAAUUUACAUUUACAUAAUGAUGAUAAAUAUAUCAUCGAUAUUAUUAAUAUUCAAACAAUGAGACGUUUACAACGAAUUGUCGAUUCACAGUCAGAUAUAUCACUAUUCUUUGUUGGCUGUUUUCAUUUUUCUCAUGAUGAUAGUGAAAAUUUAUUAGCAAUUGAUUAUCGUAAUAAACCGUCUAGUAUGUAUUUUGUUACUUUUCAUGAUACUAGUGACAGUAAUGAAAUAGAAUUAAUACAAAAAGUGAAUGUUGAACAAAGUUUAAAUGUGGGUGAAAUACGUGUAAUGCGUAUAUUCAAUAAAAAUUCUCUUGUUAUUGGUAAAAAUGUUAAUGGAAGUAUUCUAUUAGAUUUAUAUAAAAAUUAG